GAAGAAGAAGAAGAAGAAGAAGGGAUUUCGCGAAGAGGGAUUCUCGCGUUUCGUGCCAUCGUGAGAAUAGCGUGAACAGUGUCCUUGCUGCUGUUGAAUGCGCCUAAGAAGACCCUCGACCCUGCGUGCGAUCCUUUUCAAAGGAGCUACCAGCUUCUCGGUGCAACCAGAAAUCGAGGGAUCGUGAACGAUUCGUCGAGGAACAACGGAAAGGUCAAAGGUACAUGGAGGAAGGACGUUAAUGGCAGCCGAAUUGCAGUGCGGUCGAUGUUCCACUGAUCGUAGCGGCGGAUUCCCGCUUCCCCGGGGACGCUAGUAGAAUAAGACGGACGAGCAUGAGUGCUGGCAGUUGGUGGACACGUGCAACGACGCGUGUGUCUCGACGAUAGCGGCGUCGUCCGCGGACGUCGUCGCCUGACGUCACUGGUUCCGGCGGGAAAGCCGACAGCAACCACAAACGCACACCGGAAACAUGGACAAGGAAGACUUCCUGGUCAACCUCCAUUAUCUGCCGAUUAUCCUCUUCAUUUCGUUGCCCUCUGUCUUCAUUUUGACUUACGUAAUAGCUGUUCUGUUGGGUCACGUGGAAGCUGGCUUUCCCUAUAUCUCGGAUGCAGCCACCUAUGCACCGGAAAGCUGCAUAUUCGCCCAGUUCAUCAACAUGAUCGCGAUGCUGAUGUCGUUCGUCGUCUACAUAAGGUAUUCUCAAGUAAAAGAAUGCUCGAGUACGUUCAGCUUGCAGCAAUCUCUACCAAAAUGGAACCAUUGGGCCUUAAUUUUUGGCCUAACGUCGACCUUCGGCCUCUCGAUGGUCGCAAACUUUCAAGAGACGUCCGUGAUCGUGGUUCACUUUAUUGGCGCUCUUUUAUGCUUCGGCGGCGGAACUGCAUACUUUUGGACGCAGGCGGUAUGCUCGUUCUACCUUCAUCCGCUCGGAUGUUCGUUGAGACUGGCGCAUCUUCGAACCGCAUUGUCCACGUUUUGCACCGUUUGUUUCGUCAUAACUCUCAUCACCGGCGUGCUGGCACGCUUGGCCUAUAAGGGCAGAGGCUACGUCAAUCUCCUCUCGCAUUCUCCAGUGAACACCCCGUGUCCCGGUUACAGGUACCGUGAAUCCCGCGAACCCCUUUUGGACGAGGUGGCGCCGCUGGUGGCGACCACGCCGCCAGCGCGCUCCUGCGACGUCGAGGGGAGAACCGAUGUCCUCUGCCCGGUGCAAAUACACGUGCACGAUCCACCGAUACGAAACCAGGCGAACGAACAGGACGAUACGGCAGCAGAACACGGGCAGAAAUGGGGUGAAGAUCGUACGAGGAAUUGGAUCGAUUUGGACGAGAACGUGUUGGACGGUUACAUACUGAUGGACGAUUCCUGUCUGGAGUCUGGCGUCGUCGUGCCUGACGAAACGCAGGAAAUUCCAUACCUGGAAGGAGCGACGGAAGUCGACGACGAGAACGACGACGCCGACAGUCACGGUAAAGACGAAUCUUCGAUUUACAGCAGAGCGAGAGUAAUCUCGCGAAGACUUCGGGAGGACUUCGACCUGAGUACCACCUAUCCGCUGGCAAACAGUCACGGCAACGCGUACAAAGAAUCGAGCAGUCACACUAGGUACAGCGAGUUGUACUCGGAACUGGCUGUCAAGAACUAUCUGGAGAUCAAUCGGGAAGAAAUGGCUAGUUACUCCGUGGCCAACAGCCACGGUGAUCACAGCGUGUCGUCGGAGAACAGGGAGCGAGGUAACAGAGAAUACGCGGAGGCCGAUCAAUUGGGUUGGGACAUCAAACAGCAGAUAAAUUACGAGGUGGCCAAUAGUCACAGCAACUACAGAGUGUUUUACGACAGUCAGACGCAGCAGAGGGAACUGCUGCAGACGGCAUGCUGGCCGAUCGAGUCUUGGAGGGAACGCUUGAACGCGAGCAAUCGCCUGUUGGAGGAUCAGAAGCAGAACUCGGCGAAGAACGUCGAGCACGCGGGCGACGACCAAUCGGUCAAGAACGAUCAUUCCGAAGAGAAGAGCGACCUAAACUCUGAACCAGCCUGUGACAUCGAACAGUGCCUCGUGCAGAUAGAGGAGAGCCUCCUGAAUAUCGAGCAGAAUUUGCUCCACGUGCAGGACCUCGACAUACCGGAAUUGAGAAACCUUUUGUACAAAAGUCCGAGCAUCGAGAAGAGUCUUUACGAGGUCCAGGACCUUCUGUACGCUGACGGUAUCGUUCCUGUGAUAAACAAGAGGAAACCUUCGACCCUGGUAUCCGAAGACGACGAAGACGACGACGACGAAGAAGAGGAGGAGGAGGAGGAGGAAGAGGAAGAGGAAGAAGAGGAGGAAAAAGUUUGGAUAAGUCAGACCAUAACGGUGAAAGACAACGACAACGAAGACGACGACGCUGGUGCUGGCGCGUUCGACGCUUCCAACGAAGAGUCAUCCGACACGACCAACGUAGAAGAGAACAAUCAAUCAGGAUCGGUGGACGAUCGUUCCAACACUGACUGCGCAGACGGUUCGACCGUCUUUCGCGAGGCAGCUGCCGAUCCGAAUUGCAACGAGAAAGCCAUGAACUUCAUCCCGAACAGUCUGAACAAAACUUUGCCCAGAAGAAUCGUUCUCGAGGAGACUAAAGAGAACAUCAGAUUGUGCUUGUCAGAACCCGAAGAGCCAACGACCAUCGACUACAACCUGAACACCACGUGCGCUGAAAAGAAACUGUUCUGCCGCGACAAGUGUCACAGUAGGACAAACUCCCUGGACGAGAACUCGACGUUCUCGAACUUGGACUGCUCCGACAAGCGCGAGACUGGCAAGAGCUCUCUGCAGAAUCUGUUGUUCGAGUCGGCGAACGGGAACUUUCCGGACCUGAGCGGGAAAGCAAGGUCGGAGGAAAUGCUGCAAACUGCUCCGCGGAACAAGUCUCUGAGGAAUAAGAAACGAUCGACCGUCGACGAGAUGGCGGACGCGAAAAUGGAGGAUCUUCGCGGGAAACUCGAGUCUGUCCCUUCGAAUCGGUGUAUCGCCGUGUCGAGCACCGCGACCGAGCAGAAGAGGCCGAAAGUUUCGAGAGAUGUUGCGCCGCGUGCGCGUGAGAGAUCGCCGAACCGAACGAGGCGCGGCGCAACGUGCGCGGAGAAAGUGCAGGAGAAGGAGAAGGAGGCCGGCGGUGGCGGUAAAAGUUCCGACAAGAGGAAGAGGAAGAAGAUAUCGAGCAGGAGUCAAAGUUCCUCGGAGAACGCGUUAGUGCCUAGCAAACUAAUCUCUCUUUCGCUGUCUCUUCUCCUCGCGGCUCUGUUGCAGGCAGUCAGGUGCCUGACGGACCUGGUCGAAGACGCGUUCAGAUCGGUCAGCUACGACAGAAGCGGCCUACUGCAAUAA